GGUAAAUAACUUCAGCUGUCCCCUCUUCAUUUGAAACUCCUCCAGUUCUGUCACCUUGGCCAAACCUCUGAGGAUGCUAGAGGCUGGAGCUCUGUUGAGCAGUGAACUCUACAGAACAGUCGCACCUCUUGCGCCUCACAACCCUGCCUCCUUUCUGAGCUGCCCUGUGGUUUGUGGACUAAGGACUUUGUACGCCCCUGGGGCUGGCGAGCCUUGACCGCUAUGGUGAGGUGGUUUCACCCCAACAUCAAUGGAAUAGAAGCAGAGAAGUUGCUCCUGACGAGAGGUGUCCAUGGGAGUUUUCUGGCCCGGCCUAGUAAAAGCAAUCCAGGAGAUUUCACUCUCUCAGUCAGGAGACAUGACGAGGUGACGCACAUUAAGAUCCAGAACACCGGAGACUACUACGACCUCUAUGGCGGGGAGAAGUUUGCUACCCUGGCCGAGUUGGUGCAGUACUACACCGAGCAGCAGGGGCUGCUGCGGGAGAAAAACAGCAACGUAAUUGAGCUGAAAUACCCUCUGAAUUGCCAGGACCCCACCUCCGAGAGGUGGUACCAUGGGCACCUGACUGGCAAAGAGGCAGAGAAGCUCUUGACGGAGAAAGGCAAGCCAGGGAGCUUUCUGGUGCGGGAGAGCCAAAGCAAACCAGGGGACUUUGUCUUAUCAGUGCUGACGAAUGAAGACAAGAUGGAGACAGGAGACCGGAAGCCACGGGUGACUCAUGUGAUGAUCCGCUACCAGCCUGAUGGGAAGUAUGACGUUGGGGGAGGCGAGAGGUUCGACACGCUCACGGACCUGGUAGAGCACUACAAGAAAAACCCCAUGGUGGAGAAAUCCGGAGCUGUGGUUCAUCUGAAACAGCCCUUUAACGCCACGCGCAUCAACGCCGCCAACAUCGAAAACCGAGUGAAGGAGCUGAACAAAAUGGCGGAUCACAGCGAGAAGGCCAAGCAAGGGUUCUGGGAAGAGUUCGAGAUGCUGCAGCAGCAGGAGUGUAAGCUCCUCUACCCCAGGAAGGAAGGGCAGCGAGUGGAGAACAAAGCGAAGAAUCGCUACAAGAACAUCCUCCCUUUCGAUACCACACGAGUUGCACUCCAAGACGUAGAUGAGAGCAUACCAGGGUCAGACUACAUCAACGCCAACUACAUCAAGAGCAUACCUGAAGAGGGAAGGAGCUCGGAGCACUGCAAAGUCUACAUUGCCACCCAAGGCUGCCUGCAGACAACGGUGAACGACUUCUGGGCCAUGGUGUACCAAGAAAACACCCAUGUCAUAGUCAUGACGACGAAGGAAGUGGAGAGAGGCAGGAAUAAAUGUUUCCGCUACUGGCCUGAUAAGAACUGCACCAAGGAGUACGGCUACAUCUGCGUGCGGAUCGUGAGCGAGCGUGAGGCACAGGGCUACUACCUCCGGGAGCUGGAGAUCAUGCGGACAGACCGGGAGGAGCACCCCAGACAGGUAAAGCACUAUCAGUAUUUCAGCUGGCCAGACCAUGGGGUCCCCAAUGAGCCAGGAGGGGUCCUCAGCUUUCUGGACCAAGUCAACCGAGCACAGCGAAGCAUUCCAGACUCUGGGCCGAUCGUCGUGCACUGCAGCGCUGGAAUAGGACGCACAGGCACUAUCAUAGUGAUUGAUAUUCUGGUGGAUAUUAUUCACAGGCAAGGUUUGGACUGUGACAUAGAUAUCCCCAAAACUAUCCAGAUGGUGCGCAGGCAGCGCUCUGGCAUGGUGCAGACAGAGGCGCAGUACAAGUUUGUUUACAUGGCUGUUCAACAGUACAUUGAGACCGAGCAGAAGAGGCUAGAAGAAGAGCAGAGGAGUAAGAGGAAAGAACGAGACUACCUGAAUAUCCGACACCCUCCUAUGGAUAAAGCCAGAGCCAAAGGGCAGCCGGUCCCACCACACGUCUCUGCGGUCGAUGAUGACUCAGCCACCGUCUACGAAAACCUGAACAUCAAAAGCUCAAAGGUUUCAGGGAUGAAUAAUGCAGGGAGAUAAAGGGGCCGGAAGGGGAGCUGGCUGGAGGCUGCACAGGAUUUACAGUGUUUACGUCCACACUUUCCAAGUUCUGUCACCGCUGCCUCCCUCUACCCUCGUGACCCCUCCCCACCCCUUCAAGCACCUUGGAUCCAGCGAGGAACCAAAAUGCCGAAAGCAUCUGAGCGGGGCAGAGUGCGCGCCUCAGGAUCACGCCUCAAUCUAACUUAUUCACGGGAGCGACCUUUUCUGGUCCCUUUUUCACGUAGGCCGAUAUUUAUGUGCAAGUGCCUCUGGAUGGUCAUAGGGCGUGAAAGCUCUGUUUUCAAUUUUUUUUGUUUUUAAAAGAAUUAAAUUAAUUUUUAAAGAAAUUGAUUUUGUAAAAAGUUAAAAUAAAGUGACGAUGUGUUUAGGAGCUUUGCCUGCUCAGGACAGUCACCGGGGUGUUGCUGCACUUCAUGGCUUCAUGAGGUCGGUCGUGUCUCAGCUAGAGUGUUCAAACUGAAUCUUGGGUUAACUCUACUGCCAUGGAAGUGAUGGACUGGGCGUGUGGACUGGACCUAGGUACAGUGCAAAUAACCGCUGUGUAAAUGCCGCCUGCCGUCAUUCCUUUAGAAAAUGCACCUCCUUUCUGCUGUGCUAGGCUUGGGCACUUAUGCAAUUUGCCGAAGCACCUAGCUCCUGACCCUGGAGCAACCCCUGCUAUUGCAGCAUGCAGAAAAGCAGUGUGAUGCAGUGGACUUGUCUGUCUGGUAGCAAAAUCCCCAUGCUGCACGGUUACUAGAUUCUGACAUGCACAUGGGUGAGGAGGCAGUGUUCGAUCCCUCAUCUCUGCCAACACAGGCCUCUGCUGCAGGAGCUAAGAGAUCUCCCAUAGCUGCUGGUAAAAGCAGUAGGGAGGCAACUUUAUCUGUGCUGUGGGCAACAUCAUAUGUACCAUCAGCACAUUAGGGCACAGAGUUCUGAGUUCUGUUCCUGACUCUGUCGCUGUCUUGCUGGAUGCCCUGUGUUCGUUCCCCCACGUUUGUAUGCUGAGCCUAAUGCUAUGUAUACGAAAUAGGGGAGCUGCGGGCAAUGAUUAAUGUUUGUGCAGCACUGUGAAGAAGAAAAGAGCACACUUUAGAAUGUCAAUAUUCCGGCUCUCUUUGCGCACCUCAGAUUUCACUGGCAGCACUUCCUGCUGUUGCAACCGCUCUGCCAAAGAAUCUCCUUUCUGCUGGACUCCUUGCUAUGCAAAAGAGCCCAGGGUCUGAAUGCUAGGGCCGAAACCAGGAGAGCUUGUCUUGGGCAGCUGUUAAUGGGGGAGGGGGACAGAAAGAUUCUUCCUUGUCUGUGUGGGAUAAUGGACGUGCUGGGCUGUGGCAUUAGCUCUCAGUGCUCAAGUUGCUGCUCUCCCCAGGCACUGCAGGGGUUGAACAAAGAGCACACCGAUGGAACGGGGCUGUGUUUACCGGCUGGCAUUGUCAGUCGUUUGUCACAGGGACAAGAAAACCGUUUAUUUUUAUGCACUUUUAAUAAAUGUUCAAUAUUCUAAA